UCUCCCCUCCCUUCGCUCGCCUACGCUUCUGGUUUAUUUGAAGCGUAGAUCUCUCGCUUUCUCUCUCUAACCCACGUUCACCUAUUUGUGAACAACUGAGAGAGAAGAGAUAUAUAGAGAGAAAGAGAGGGAGAGAGCAAGGGAGUCUCUGUGUGGUGCAGAAGAGCUGUUCUGUUUCCUUAUUCUGAAAAAAUUCGCGCGAUACUCAAUAAGGAAGCUUUGAUAUGGCAGCAGCUGCAGCUGGUAUAAGCUAUGCACCUGAGGACCCUGCGCUCCCAAAACCAUGGAAGGGUUUGGUUGAUGAUAAGACUGGAUAUGUUUACUAUUGGAAUCCAGAGACCAAUAUAACCCAAUACGAGAAACCUGUUGUCCCCGGUCACACAAGCUAUACCCCAGCUCAUAAAUCUUUGAGCUCAUCGGUUCAAAAGUCGCCCCAGGGACGAUAUAAUGCAAAUGAUAAUGAUGACAGAUACCCCAGAGCUAGCAAUGGAUCAACAAAGGCUUCUGUACCAGUAGCUUACCAGGACGUCACAAACAGAUCAGAUUAUUCACAGAUUGAUGUAGAGGUAAAAGCCUCUGUUGGAUAUGGUCCUCUUACUUCCAAUGGUGCAGAAGGUAUGGUGUCCGCUGAAGCCUACCGCCGUCGUCAUGAAAUUUCUGUGACUGGUGACAAUGUACCUCCACCAUUCACCUCAUUUGAAGCCACUGGAUUUGCUUCAGAGAUUCUUAGGGAGGUGCAACAUGCUGGUUUUUCUUCUCCUACUCCAAUUCAGGCACAGUCAUGGCCCAUUGCUAUAAAAGGUCGUGAUAUAGUAGCGAUUGCCAAGACAGGCUCCGGGAAAACCUUGGGCUACCUGAUUCCUGGAUUUAUUCAUCUGAAACAAAGGCGUAAUAACCCAAGAUUAGGUCCAACAGUUUUGGUGUUGUCGCCAACAAGAGAGUUGGCUACUCAGAUACAAGAUGAAGCUGUCAAGUUUGGAAGGUCAUCCAAUAUAUCGUGCACGUGUUUAUAUGGAGGUGCACCUAAGGGUCCGCAAUUGAGAGACAUAGACAGAGGUGUUGAUGUGGUCGUGGCAACUCCUGGUCGAUUGAAUGACAUUCUGGAGAUGAGAAGGAUAAGCCUCCAGCAGGUCUCAUAUUUGGUAUUGGAUGAAGCAGACAGGAUGCUGGACAUGGGUUUUGAACCUCAGAUAAGAAAGAUUGUGGCGGAGGUCCCUGUUCGUAGACAAACUCUGAUGUACACGGCAACCUGGCCCAAGGAGGUGCGCAGAAUUGCUUCUGAUUUGCUAGUUAGUCCUGUACAGGUUAACAUUGGAAAUGUUGAUGAGCUCGUUGCUAACAAAGCAAUUACUCAGCAUGUUGAAGUUCUGUCGCCAAUGGACAAACGCAGGCGCCUAGAACAGAUAUUGAGAUCUCAAGAACCUGGGUCAAAGAUAAUAAUUUUCUGCUCUACAAAGAAAAUGUGUGAUCAGCUAGCAGGUAAUCUGACCCGGCAAUUCGGAGCAGCUGCUAUUCAUGGAGAUAAAUCUCAGGGCGAGAGGGAUUAUGUGCUGAAUCAGUUUCGCACUGGAAGAUCCCCAGUGCUUGUGGCCACUGACGUUGCUGCCCGUGGGCUGGACAUUAAGGAUAUAAGGGUGGUUUUGAACUAUGACUUCCCUACAGGAGUUGAGGACUAUGUUCACAGAAUCGGAAGAACUGGCCGGGCUGGUGCCACUGGUGUGGCAUACACUUUCUUUUGUGAGCAGGAUGCAAAACAUGCUUCAGAGCUUAUCAAACUCCUGGAAGGUGCUAGUCAGCGUGUGCCCAGCGAACUCCGUGACAUGGCCUCACGUGGUGGUGGAAUGGGGAGAACAAGGCGUCAGUGGGGCUCAGGCCCUGGCGGCCGUGAUGGAGGUCGCGGUGGCGGGCGUUUCGGUUCUACUCAAAGUGGACGGGAUGGGGGAAGAGGUGGUUGGGGAAUGCCAUCAUCCCAAGAUAGGGCUGGUGGCCGUGAUAGACAUGUCAAUGGAUUCUCUAACGGAUACGAUACAAAUGGCACUGGAAGCUUCCAUCAGAGGAGCUUCCAUGAGAACACAAUCACUGCUCCAAAGAGUAGAGGCAGAAGUCGUAGCAGAAGCCCCAGAAAGAUUUCAGGAUGGGGGGAAAAGCCUCGAAGCCGUAGUCGUAGCAUGGAGAGAUUUCCAUCCAAGAGCACUCGGCCCUCUUCUUAUGGUAACAAGGAUUACAAGUAAAUUAUAAGAAAACCAACAAGGGCACGGUACCUCGAGGCUAGAGGCUCCUUAAAAUCUCCGAAUUCGAGGAUCAGUUUACUAUAUAGUGUUUGUAGAUGGUGUGGCGAUGGAGAGUGAUUUAAUCUGAUUUAUUAGUAAUUAAUGCAAUACACUUUCUCCCCUUGAAAUGUCCAGUAAAGAGAACAUUUAGGGUGACCAAUUUUGCCACAAUUUGUGUUGUACUGAUAAUAUAUUUUUAGACUGCAAUUCUGUUCCAAUAUAUUCUUA